AUGGUCCAAAAGGAUAUACAGGGAGAUAAAUUUGACGUGUCAAGUCAAAUGACGCCUCAGGAAUCAUCCCCCAGGAUGUACUACAAUCCAAACAAUAGCGACGAUGAAGAACCAAGCGCAUCUACUCCAAGAAAGGAGGAUUUCGUGUCAUUUCCAACUUUAGCAGAACCGGAACUGCAAAACAAUAAAUCACUUUCAGGGAUAAUUACAAAGACGUUAAGAAAGGUAACUAACAAUGCCACCAAUUUAGUUCAGAACUAUGCAGUGAACCUUGAAUCACCAAAACAAUAUCUCGAGGGUGGUACUCAAGAUACAAAAUCGCAAUCCACUACCACAACACAACAGCUGAAGGAUCUACUUGGAGCGCCAUUGGUCGCACAUAAUGUCAAUGAAGCUGGCACAAGCUUUACUUCUAAAGUUGAUGUUUCCCCUACGGAGAGAGAAUCUAAAGAUAUUCCCAUUAACGCAGAGUCUGAUACGUUUAGUGCGAGGUCGGAAAGAAAAGGAUCUGAAUCCUCAAACCUUGCGGGCCAAUCACCAAGACUGCGCAUAGGCCGGAAACCUGUUGUUCCAGUCAACGACGAGGCACCGAAACAGAUUACUGAUCGACCAACCUUAGUCGAAGCUCAAUCAAACCAUACGUUGUCACAAGCGGCGAAAAAACACAAUUCUCAUAACCAGUUCAUUGAAGCUCAACAUGGAACCACAGGAGUUGCCAAUGAUGUACAGCAGCAAAUAUCGAAACCUAAACCAACCACAUCGCUGAACCCAUCCUUAAGUUUUUAUAAAGUGCGUCAAUUAAUAGAUGAGGAAAGGGCAGCACCUCGAGUAACGUCUGACAACAGGUCCCUACGACUUUCAACAAUGCCUUUUCUUCAUUCACAAUCCUUGAGUCCCAGGGCAACAAGUUCUGUCGUUAGUAUCAAUGCAUUGGCUACUGUUGAAACAUUGGACACAGAUCAACAUCUCCAAAGUUCCAUCCCUCAAGGUGAUCGUAAAACCAGUGAUAAGAAAGCAAAGGGAAAGUCUUUGGGCAAGAAGAUAUCAACUCUUUUCAACAACCUUCCGAAUGAUAUUGAAGUAUCCGAUGAUUCUGCAUCAGAUCUUGAAUCUAUUCAGGAAAGUGAACUGGCUGAUCUGAGAGUAAAAGGAAAUGGAAUUGAGUACGGUUCCAAUGCUAUCCUACCCGGAGCGAAUACUAACAUAAUCAAUGGAAAGCCAGUUCCGUACGAGAUAGGGGUAUUGCAUGGUGAUUCAAUCGCAAAAUCAUCCCCAAUCAAAGCUGAAAACACCACAAAAACGACGCUCUCCACAUAUUCUGGGGAUUCACCAACGGUAUCGUCAUUUCAAGCGAUACAAAAUAAAGACCAUCAUGCUUCUAGAAAGAGAUCACAGAACUUCCCUUCAAUAAUGCUCGACAAUGCCAAAACUAUUAUAAACCAAAAUUUAGGAGCAGUUACAUCGUCUGCAUCCUCGAUAGUGGGGAAACAAAAAAAGAAAAAACCCACUAAAAUCUCACAGAAUCCUUUGAAGAAUGGUGGUAUACCUAAGAAAUACUGGAUGGAUGAUGCAUUUGUUGCCGAUUGUUUGAAUUGUUUUAAGCCAUUUACAGCAUUCAGAAGAAAACAUCAUUGUCGAUUUUGUGGGCAAAUAUUCUGUUCGGACUGUACUUUAUUUAUCUCAUACACACAGCAUAGAGAUCAACGAAACAAUGUCGCUGAUAUAAAACGACCUUACCAUGAUAAGUUGAGAGUUUGUAAGCCAUGCUACAGUGAUGUCAUAAUCUACCUUAGUGAUGAUUCUUCUGAAUCUGAAACAGAGGAGGAAGCUGAUAAAACCGCCGAAGAGCUUAAUCAUCCCAAGUCUCGAAAUGAAGAUUUGCUAGUACCGAAUCACCCCCUUUCUCGAGUUCGCUCACUUUCGACAACAUCAUAUCGUGAUAGCUUCAGCAAUAAUGACACUAGUCAAGGCUCAGUCAUAACUGAUCCGAAGGUUAGAGAUAGUGCUUCCGUUAAUUCUCAGUCACCGUCCCGCAAGCAUAGUCAACAUAUAUAUCCUGACGAGUCCAUAAAAACCAAUCCAAAACAAGCACCUCGCAUGGCCAUCCCAACAACGCGUACCGGCGAAUCCAUUGAGAUUCCAUUGAUGAGAAACUCCUUGAGCAAUGCUCUGGUGGCUCGAGGACCAAUAAACAAGUACGGCUCCAGUAGCAAGCUUGAAAUUGUCGAUCAGAGUAGUGCUCCAAAUUCGUUGCAUUUUAACCUACCUGGGCAUCAUCAACUAGCAAUUUUUCAUAAUCAUCAGACACCUAAUUUUGGUCAAACCCCAUAUGACGUGUUGAAUAGUAACAAGGCUUGGUUAAAGAACUCUGGAGGAUUUCUCGGACUGGAUGCAGAUACCAGUCGUAACCUCGAUUGUCAAAGCCCUGUCUACAACAACCUCGUGUCGAAAAAACCGUCAUUGAAACUAAAGAUAGCUCAUUCAUUUAGGCGUGAUAAGGGUCAUGGGUUUUUUGAACGUACAGAUGACGAUGAUGCAGAUGUCGAAGGUAGCAGCAGCAGUGAGAGUGAUGAUGAGAUGCAUCCCCUUAGAGGGUUCAGAAAUGACGACAGCGAAGGGGAAGAAGACGAACGCGCCAUGUCGAUAUAUUCGGCACUCAAUGAUCACCACGUUUAUGGAUCAACUCCCUUGGGCCGAAAUUCGGGUCAUAUGUUUGGGCCAGGCGCUGCUGCUUCUGCUGCUGCUGGCGCUACCGCUGUACCAACAUUGGGGGAAUUUCCUGGUAUUAAAACGUUCUUCUCUGAAGUCCAUAACAACUUCCCAUAUUCAGAUAUCAUCAAGAAAAAUAACAUUGGCAUUACUGAUGCCACACGACCGGAAAAUUUGAGAUCGCGUGCUAGGGCAAACGCUUCAAUUCAGCGUAUGCGGUCAAGAAGACAAACCAGGGGUGGGCGUAACGUUCUGAUAUUGACGCAAAAUAACAUUCGCUUGCCCAGUUUGGGAUCCACUGUCAACCGAUCAAGCACAGCUGUUCAGCUUACUCCAAUUUCUUCUCCUACAUCUCCUUUGCCAGACGGAUCCACUCGUUCUAAUUUGACUACAGCUAUAUCGAACACUCCCGCUAAUGAGUCAUAUUUAGAAACGCAAAGUGAUGGUUAUGAUCAAACAGAAACAGAAUUGUCUCCAAUUGGUCACCAAGUUUCUAGCAGCACAGCGUUGGAUCAUGAUUAUGAGAACUCGGAUUAUUUCACAUACAAUAACCAUAACGGCGCCAGAGGUAGUGCUGGAGAUACCGAGUCGAAUAAUUACAGCGAAGAAUACUUGAGACUUGAUACGUUGUAUGACGACACCUUGACUGAUGUUUUGCGACAAUCACUAAUAGACUGUGGCAUAAAAGACAAUUUCGAGAGAUGGAUGUCUGUGCUUCCAAACGUAUUGACAGAGGUAAACAAGCUCAAAUUAUCCGACACUUUGGACAUAAGACAGUAUGUCAAACUCAAGAAGGUUUUAGGUGGGAAAAUAGAGCAAACAGAAAUUAUCGAUGGACUAUUUAUCACGAAAGAUGUUGAUAGUAAGAAAAUGCGGUCUGAAAUAGAUAAACCAUUGAUCGCGCUACUUAUGUUUCCAGUCGAAUAUUUGAAAGAUCGUGAGCAAUUUAUUAGCUUGCGUAUUAUCCAUGCCCAACAAUCGGUUUAUAUCACGAAUUUGGUAUCUAAGCUUAUUUCUUUGUCGCCCGAUGUUAUUGUUGUUGGAGAUACAGUAUGUGGUUUAGCAAUCAAACUUCUUGAAGAAGCAGGUAUUACCGUCAUAUCCAAUGUCAAGCCACAAGUGAUUGAAAGGAUUUCGCGAUAUACAAAUGCAGAUAUUUUCCAGUCUGUGAAUGAUUUAUUUUUCAAAAAGGGUAAUUUGGGUGUAUGUGAAAAGUUCGAGGUUAAGCGGUUCAAGUACGAGAACAUUAUCAAAAGCUUUGUCUUCUUUACUGGAGUUGACACGCUGUUGGGAUUCACUAUUUUAUUGAGAGGAGGGAAUGAAGGAUUGUUAGAUAAUGUCAAGUAUACCGCUGAGGUUCUUAUUCAUGGUUAUCUUAGUGCGCGGUAUGAAAAGAGUCUCUUGAGAAAUUUGCUUUUGACUUGCACAAAGGUUUCCCUGGAACAGUCAUUGGAAGGCAUUGAUAACAAAAUUAUGUCUCUAACGACAGAACACAUGUGGUCUCACGUGGAGCUAGUGUUGGAUAAACAGGAGGUGAUUUCAUACAUUGAGUCUUUUGAGACACGGAAAUUGAGCCUAACGCCGUCGGUGCAGUACAAUUUACCGACAACGUUGGCCAAAGCUGUGGAUUCCUACUAUAAAUACUUUCAAAGUUAUAAACUUAAUGAAAUGAUUCAAUCGGUUACGAGUUUAGAGCAAAUUGAUCUGAGAUGGAAGGAUGAGUUAGGAAUCAAACUCAGUGUUGAGACAUUACCAGGUGAAGGCAAGGACUUUAUCAGGGUCUUAAAAUGUGCAAGUGAGACUCAAUUAAAACUUUUACUCGACGAGUAUCAGUCUCGAGCUCGUACUUGGUCAAAUUGUUUAAAGUAUCCGUCAUAUCAAUUGUAUCCAAUUUUCCAUCGCAAUAUUCAUAUUUUGCAUUCAACUGUUUCCAUCAAACACGCAACCCCUUGCGCAGGACCAGUCAUUGUGGUGGUUGACUAUUAUACAGAAAAUGAUAAAUGUUUGGGAUUGUUUCUUGAUCAAAUCUUUUCCGAUAGUUUCAAAACGUGUAAUGAAUGUGGAGAAUUGUCGCUUGACCAUUACAAGACAUAUGCCCAUGGCAAUGCCAAGAUUGAUUUAAUCACUGAAAAGUACGACAUUAGGUUUAACGGCGGUAACCAUGAAUCACAAGGUAAAAACCAAAGAGUGAUGUGGAGUUAUUGCAAGGAAUGUAAUUACGUGACCCCAAUAAUGGCAAUGAGUGACGAUACUUACUACUUAUCAAUUGGCAAAUUUUUUGAAUUAAACUUUUAUGGUCGAAAUGUCUAUGGUGGAUGCGAGCACGAUUAUUUCCAAAACUAUGUCAAAUGUUUUGGGUUUAACGAUUUAGUGAUCAAGUUAGAAUAUUCAAGGAUUGACAAUUACGAGAUUGUCGUUCCAAAGAAGCAACUUGAGUUUAUUUCGGACAUCAAUAUAACGCUAAAAGUGGACUCUUUUAAAUCCAUCAAGUCCAAGGCGGAGGCUUUUUUUGAGUCAGUAUUGAAACGCUUGCGUAGGGUCAAAUUGGAUACAUUUGUCAAGGCUGAAGAUGGAACCAAAAAAAUCGCAGAGAUGAAGGAUAAGUUAGCUGAAGAUGCAAAUGCCAUAUAUAACAAGUUGCAAAAGAAGUACGAUGAAAUCAGUGUCACCAGUUAUCUCGAACUAAAUUCAAUAUUUAAAGAUUUGCAAGUGUUGGGUAUAUUGUGGGAUAUUGAAUUCCAGGACUUUGAGAAGAAAUACUUGCCCAAUGAAAGUGAAGUUAAUAAAAUCACCCAGUUUCAUUUGCGUAAGUUUCUCAUGGACAAGUACAACGUGAAUGAUAAUGACAAGAAUGACUCAAAUGAUGCCGCUGGCUCGCCGGUAAAUGAAAAGGGUAGCGGUAAUGUCAAUAAUGAGGACGACAAUGUACAAUUGGCUGACACUUUGGGAGGUCCUGAAAGGGGAGAUAACGCCAAUCAGAAUAGAGUUUUAGAUACUGAGCAGGGACCAGUAGAGGGGGCUGCACGCAAAAUUGAGAAACUAUCAGAAGCACGGGAUGAUAAUGCAGAUGUAACCGCUGCCGCCAAGGCUAAGCCCAAUACAAAUGAUGAGUCUCACGAUGAAGAUAUGCGUCCUCCAAUCGGGCCACUAAAUUCGACUGAUAAAUUGCCUGUAUUUACUCCUCGUAAGCCAAGGGCCGUUUCAAAUGAACACCUAGAGCCAGACACAUUAAUUGAAUCGAAAAUGUUUCCCAAGCCUUCAUUGUAUGAGCCAAAGACAAACAUAUCAGAGAGAAUCAGUAAAUGGGAAGAAACUGCCGCUGAAAAAGCACUCCAACAAGCCAUGCCAUUAAGUCAUCGAGGCUCAGACAGUUCUUUGAAAUCCGUAAACAAUGUGAUCCCGUCGCAAAAUAAGGUCAUUCAUUUAGCCAAUUUUUUUGACAAGAUGUAUUAUGAUCAAAUCUCAUUGGAGUUUUCGAAACAACGAGAAUUUGAAUUGAAAAAGAGAAGCAAGAUCAAGGCUCAUCCUAUAUUGGACAGUAAGCCAAUUGUUGAAAUUUACAACAAAAUUGAGGAUGUGGUGGGAAGUUCAGAAAAUGAGGAGAAAAGGAGUGCCAGCAAUAACAACAAUGUUGAGACAAAAACAGUGGAAAUCAAGGAUACUUCUGCUCCAAUCGGCCAGCAACCAGAGCAAGUUCCUAAGCAGAUUGAUAUACCUGAAAAGCAAUCUUUGUUGAAGUCAUUGACCAAUUUUUGGGCUGAUCGUUCAGCUACUUUAUGGGAUCCAUUGGCAUACCCAUUGGAUAAUCAUGAGCAUACUUUUGCUGAUAGUGAUGUGAUUGUGAGAGAAGAUGAGCCAAGUUCAUUAGUUGCCUUUUGUUUAAGCUCAAGUGAUUACAAGCAAAAGCUUAAACAUUCUUUUGAAAAGAUUGAUGGUGAUGGUGAUGGCAACGCUGGUGACAAGGUGAAACUGGGCAAGAAAGAGGAGACUCGUGGUGAUAGCGGAGAUGUAUUGGUGUCUCAACAUCAAGAUGCACAGAACAAGUUGAGUUCGUUUGUGGAUGAACGUCAAGCCAAGUAUAAACAGCAACAGCAACAAGAAAGUCAACAACAACAACAGCAGCAACAACAACAGCAGCAGCAACAACAACAACAAGAACAUCAACAGCAGACGCCGCAACAGCAGACACAAGAACCAGAAAGUGGCAAUGACGAAACUGAAACUGAUUAUGACAAUAAAAAUGAAUCUGGGUACAAGACUGAUUUCAGCUUUGGAUUAAACACCGAUAACAAAAAGAAGAAUGCCCAGUUUGCUAAAAUUGAACGUAAAUUCAAGCAAAAGACAUCGCGCGAUGGCGAUGGUAAAAUCAGCCAAUUGGAAACAAUAUUAAGCAAGACUAGAUCCAAUCAUUUAAAGUAUCAAUUUAGUGAUGGCAGCACCAAUUUAUCGUGUAAAAUCUUUUACAGUGAACAAUUUGAGGCAUUACGUCGAGGAUGUGGUGUUGAUAAUUACUGUUUCAUACAGUCUUUGAGCCGAUGUGUUAAAUGGCAUUCAAGUGGAGGUAAAAGUGGAUCGAGUUUCCUAAAGACGUUGGAUAAUCGAUAUAUUGUUAAAGAGUUGAGCAAGACUGAAUUGGAAUCAUUUGUUGCCAUUGCGCCGUUUUACUUCAAAUACAUUAGUCAAUCAAUGUUUAACACUCUAACCACAGCCAUUGCCAAAAUAUUUGGGUUUUAUCAAGUUGAAAUCAAAAACAGUUCCAAUGGUAAGUUGUUCAAAAUGGAUUUCCUAAUUAUGGAGAACUUAUUCUACAAUCACAAAACAACGAGAAUAUUUGAUUUAAAAGGAUCAAUGAGAAACCGUCAUGUUCAACAAACGGGUAAAGAAAAUGAAGUGUUGUUGGAUGAAAAUAUGAUUGAGUAUAUUUAUGAAUCACCAGUAUUUGUUAAAGAGCAACUGAAGAAGUUGUUACGAGGAUGUUUGUUUAAUGACACUAGUUUCUUAUCGGCUAUGGAUGUUAUGGAUUAUAGUUUAGUGAUUGGAAUUGAUGAUGAGCUGAAGAAGUUGUAUAUAGGUAUCAUUGAUUGGUUAAGAGCUUUUACUUGGGAUAAGAAGGUGGAAAAUUGGGUCAAGGGAAACAACUUGAUUGGGGGUAAUAAAAAGGGUAAAGAUCCGACUGUUGUUACACCAAAACAAUACCGAAUUAGAUUUAGAGAAGCAAUGGAGCGAUACAUCUUGGAAGUGCCUGAUAUAUGGUAUGAGGGCACUAAAUAG